UAAUAGUAAUAAAAUAAGAAAAAUCGCUUUCCUGCUAUAAAUACAUUCUCCAGAAGUACGCUCUAAUCAUUAAACACUGUACAAACGAAACCAAAAAAAAGAAGAAGAAGAAGAAGAAGAAAAAAUGGUGAAAUUGGAGAACUCGAAGAACAUCGCCAUGUCCGACUCCAUCAUCAACCUUGAUCAUGGAGAUCCAACGGCGUACGAAGAUUUCUGGAGGAAGACUGGUGACAGGUGUACGGUGACGAUACGUGCUUGGGAUCUGAUGAGUUACUUCAGCGACGUGAACUACCUCUGUUGGUUCCUCGAGCGGGAGCUAGCGGAAGCGAUCAAGGAGUUGCACGGUGCGGUCGGAAACGCAGCGACGGAGGAUCGAUACAUCGUGGUUGGGACAGGUUCGACGCAGCUUUGUCAAGCGGCCGUCCACGCACUAUCAUCACUUGCUGGGACCCAGCCGGUCAGUGUCGUAGCCGCUGCUCCAUAUUACUCCACGUAUGUGGAGGAGACGACGUAUGUUCGGUCGGGUAUGUACAAGUGGGAAGGAGACGCGUGGCGUUUCGACAAGAAAGGAUCGUACAUCGAGCUGGUGACGUCACCCAACAAUCCAGAUGGAACCAUCAGAGAGACGGUGGUGAACCGUCCAGACGACGACGAAGCCAAAGUGAUCCAUGACUAUGCCUAUUACUGGCCCCACUACACUCCCAUCACUCGCCGUCAGGACAAUGACAUCAUGCUCUUCACUUUCUCCAAGAUCACAGGCCACGCUGGGUCCCGCAUCGGGUGGGCAUUGGUAAAGGACAAGGAGGUAGCAAAGAAGAUGGUUGAGUAUAUAAUAGUGAAUUCCAUUGGUGUGUCUAAGGAGUCACAGAUUCGAGCCGCUAAGAUCCUCAAAGUUCUUGCAGAGACUUGUAAGAGUGAGACCGAGAGUUUCUUCGAGUAUGGUCGUGAGAUGAUGAAGAACCGAUGGGAGAAGCUUCGUGAAGUGGUGAAAGAGAGCGAUGUCUUCACUCUUCCCAAGUACCCUGAAGCCUAUUGCAACUUUUUUGGCAAAUCACUCGAAUCUUACCCUGCGUUUGCGUGGAUAGGGACGAAAGAGGAGACGGAUCUGGUAAGUGAUUUGAGGAGACAGAAGGUUAUGAGCAGAGCAGGAGAACGUUGUGGUUCUGACAAGAAGCAUGUCCGAGUCAGUAUGCUUAGUCGUGAAGAUGUUUUCAAUGUCUUUCUCGAGAGACUCGCCAACAUGAAGCUCAAUAAAAGCAUUGAUGAACAUUAAGCUUCCUUGUUUAAUUAUUAAAGAAAAGUCUCCUAAUAUAUUGCUAAUGGUUUAUCAAGAAGCCUUAAUAGUAUAAUUAAGGCAUUUUUAGUUUCUUAGCUUUACCCUAAAGUUAUCUAUAAUAUGAAGGCUAAUAUAGCUUAUGGUUAUCAAAAAGUCUUAUUAUUAAGGCCUUUUUAGUUUAUUAGCUUUACCCUAAAGUUUAUCUAUGAUAUGUAGAAACAAUAAAAGGUUCUCUCUAUAGUUUAUUAGCUUUACCCCAAAGUUUAUCUAUGAUAUGUAGAAACAAUAAAAGGUUCUCUCUAUAUAUAAUAUAUGGGCUUUUCAAUAUAUGUGAACUAUAU